CUCAUGUGGACAUGCAGAGGUACCUGUGGCCUGGUUAUGAGGUGCAGCUUCUCGGGGGGCUGCAGAGACAACAGAACAGUGCCCAGUUCUGUGACACCCUGCUCCAAACUGAGGGUAUCUCAAUCCCAACCCACAGCUGCGUCCUUGCAGCUCUCAGCCCGUACUUGUCUCAGAAGCUUUCAGCCUCCCCCUCACCUCCAUCUGGACAGAAGCGUCAGCUCCAGCUCCAGACCGUGAAGGCCCAGACUCUGCUCAAGCUGGUUGGUCUGCUUUACUCUGGUGUGCUGGAGGUAAAAGGAAACAAUGAGAAGAGUGAUGUGCUGGCUGCAGCCCACCAGUUUGGAAUCACAGACCUUGUACGAGGACAGAAGGGUGGAGGGCCGAAAGAAGUCCAGGAAAGGAGGCAGAGUCUUGGGAAUUGCAGAGAGAGACGGGGAAGCCUAAAAAUACAGGAGACACAUGUUGAGGCUGAGGUGACGGGCACGGGAGAGGAAAAUUCACCAGUCAGAAAGAAAAUCAGUGUGUCUGUUGGCACACAGACAGCAACCAUUGCUGAAAAUUCAGUGGAUUUUGGAAAUCCGGAGCCUGCCUCCUCUGUAGCUCAAAGCCCGGAUGUUUGUAUCACUGUUCCACAUCUCACCCCUCGCCCCGCCGUUGCCAGUGAUGCAGAGUCUACAUUUG